AUGGCACUGGUAGAUGCGGACUACAAAUUCCUCUGGGCAGAUGUGGGUAGUCCCGGAGCCUCGUCUGACGCCCAUAUCUACAACGAGUCUGAACUCAAAGAAAUGGCUGAAGAUGGAAUCAUUGGCUUCCCUACUCCAGAUCCUCUUCCUAAUGACUACAAGGAUGUGCCAUACUUCUUCGUCGUUGAUGACGCGUUUGGCCUACGGAAGCACAUGAUGAAGCCAUACACCUUGCAUGGUCUUACAGAUGAAGAGAGGAUCUUCAAUUACAGACUGUCCCGAGCCAGGAGGGUUGUUGAAAAUGCCUUUGGCACUCUGGCAAACCGCUUCCAGAUUUUACUUACCACAAUGCAGCACCACCCAUCCACCGUCAAGAUCAUCGUGAAGGCAUGCAUUGUUCUCCACAACUUGAUGAGGAUGAGGUAUCCAACACUGCAGAACCAGCAGCUAAACCGUGCGGAGAAUGUCAACAGAGACUUCAUCCCAGGAGCGUGGAGGCAGGGCAGAAACCUACAGGACAUCCAUGUCGUGGCCGGCUCCAGCACCUCCAGCAAGGAAGGGAAGAAGCAGCAGAACCUGAUCAAACACUGGGCCAACUCCGAAGCCGGUUCUGUGCCAUGGUAA